AUGAAGGAUUUGUUGACCAAAAAGAGGUCUGUGAGUUUUGAGGAUGAAGAAAGGUUGCAACAUUGUAGUUCUAUUGCUACGCGGUCACUAGUGCAAAACAAUGAGGAUCCUGAAGCUUUCACUAUUCCUUGUGCCAUUGGGAUGUUGCAUUUUGCAAAGGCCUUGUGUGAUUUGGGUGCCAACAUUAAUCUGAUUCCAUUGUCGAUCUACAAGAAGUUGGGUUUAGGGGCUCUAAAAUCGACUGUGAUGCGUCUACUCAUGGUUGAUAGAACUGUGAAGAAGCCUAUUGGUGUUCUCCAAGAUAUCUUUGUGAAAAUGGAGUCAUUCAUUAUUCCAGCGGAUUUUGUGAUACUUGAUUGUGAGGUUGAUUUUGAGGUCCCCAUCAUCUUAGGGAGACCAUUCCUUGCUACAGGGUGUGCCUUAGUCGAUAUGGAGAGAGGACAGAUGAAUUUCCGACUGAAUAAUGAGGAAGUGAAUUUUAAUAUUUGUAGGUCUAUGAAGCAGGAAAGUGAUCUUAAGUCGGUAUUAGUGGUGAAUCAUAUUGUGGAGCGAGUUUCCGAAGUGUCUAUUGAAGAGAGAUUAGGUGGUGAUGCACUGGCAGCAGUAAUGAUGAAUUUUGACAGUGAUGGUAUUGAAGACUGA